AUGAACCAGUCUAACACCUCCAGCUCUUUGGACUCAGAAAUUCUGAACCAAGCAAUGGCUCCCAGUGUGGUUCUGGGCCUCUGCUUCCUUAUCGGUGUCCCUGGAAACAUCACAGUGAUCGUGGUGAUACUUCGUCAUUUCAAGCAGGAGAACUUCACCAUGAAGCUGCUGCUGAACCUGGCUGCCUCUGACAUCUUGUGCCUCAUCAGUCUGCCAAUGUGGAUCUAUGCACUUUUUUACGGCUGGAGUUUUGGUGAGACAAGCUGCAAACUGAUGCGCUACAUGGUCUUCUGCAGCUUGUAUGGCAGUUUACUGACGGUCACCCUGAUGAGUGUGCAGCGCUAUGUACAGAUUCUAUACUCCCAGGACUGGGUGAGACUGCGUGGGACUGGGGAGAAGGUGCUGCUGGUGAGUGUGUGGGUGGUGGCCUGUGUCCUCGCCUCAUAUUCGAUUGUUCUGGGGAAGGUGUUGCAUAAGGACCAAAUUCCCCAGUGCAAAACCAACUACAGCUCAGAUGGCAUUGUGGUAACCUUCUUCAUAUUCUGGAUUCCAGUACAUGUUGUAAGUGUGACAGGAAUAUUUUCUAUCUUGCUAAAAUCAUCCCACCCGGCUGCAUCGGCCAAACUGGAAAAGUUUUGCAGUUUCAGUGAAAAUAUUCUAGGAUCUCUCAGCUUCAUUAAUAGCUGCAUAAACCCAUUCCUGUAUGCCUUUGCUUCACGAAACCGUCGUCAGGAUGCAACUCCAUCCAGGAACACGCAGGAUGUCUCCACUAGCAACCUCUGAUUCAUCUGA